AGAUAGGCGCCAAAACUGCUGUCAUCCCGCGCUCGUUAGCACACACACGCACGGAACACACGUAUAUAGUUUGUGUGCUGUGAUGUGAUUGAGAGUGAGAGAGAGAAGAGAGAGAGAGAGCGUGGAAAUCAAUUUGCGACAGCAAAUGCACUCAAUUAGCGCCGCACAAUGGGCAGAGGACCAGCACAGGGCGCGCGUGUUUCUGUUUGUAAACUCGUGCGUCGGGGGUGCAAUGUUGUCCGCAGCCCCGCACCACCGCCACCACCACCGCGAGGUAACAAACGAAGAAAUGGCGUCGUCGGUGCCGUCGACGCCGACGUCGUCGCCCGUGUCGACGCCGGAGCUGCCGCAGCCGCGGCCGCUGUUGCCCAUCUUCGCGCUGCCGACGCUCAACUUCACGUGCAGCCAGGUGUCGGCGGUGUGCCAGACGCUGGAGGAGUCGGGCGACGUCGAGCGGCUGGCGCGCUUCCUCUGGUCGCUGCCGGUCGCCAAUCCAAACUUCGCCGAGCUGUCGCGCACCGAGGCCGUGCUGCGCGCCAGGGCCAUCGUCGCCUUCCACAGCAACAACUUCAAGGAGCUCUACCACAUCCUCGAGCACUACAAGUUCGGCAAGGACAGCCACGCCAAGCUGCAGGCCCUCUGGCUCGAGGCGCACUACAUCGAGGCCGAAAAGCUGCGCGGAAGGCCGCUCGGCCCCGUCGACAAGUACAGAAAAUUCCCGCUGCCGCGCAGCAUCUGGGACGGCGAGGCCAAGACCCACUGCUUCAAGGUAAACAAUGAGCGGACGCGUUCCCUGCUGCGCGAGUGGUACCUGCAGGACCCGUACCCCAACCCGACCAAGAAGCGCGAACUCGCCCUCGCCACGGGUCUCACCGCCACGCAGGUCGGCAACUGGUUCAAGAACAGGCGGCAACGCGACCGCGCCGCAGCCGCCAAAAAUCGGUUGCAGAACCGCGGAAGCAGCAACGGCGAUGCGUCGACGUCGUCCUCUUCCGGCGGCGCCGGCUCGUCGAAGCCGGACGUGGACGUGCUGGGCCACAGCGACUCGAACAGUUCCGACUCGUGCCUGAGCAUCGGCACGGACGAGGAGACGCACAAACUGGUGUACCCGGUGGCCCGGAGCGGCGGCCUGUUGGGCCUGCCACCGGUCUCGAUGCCCGGCUCGAGCCUCGGCGGCCACCACGGCCUGCUGCCCAUGCUGCCGCUCACCACGCUGCGCCCCCUGUCCAUGCCAGGAAUGAUCCACCGGCCCUUCUCGACGCCGCCGCCCCACCACGACCUCUCCUCGGGACCCUGAGCCCAGGUGGAGACUGGAAAUUGCGCGUGCUGAAAUAGAUCUAAGUGCUGCGAUGAAGCUUUGAAAGGCCCUUUUUUUUAGGAGGGGAUUUCAUGGAAAUUUACAGGUUUUGAUCCGAAUUUACCAGAGAUUAGAAGUUCUGUUGUUAAAAGACGCCAUUUUGGAAAAUGGCAGAUGAUUAUUUUACAGGUUUUAAUCCGAAUUUAAAGAAACAGGCCCUGAGAUUACGCAAUUAGAUGUUCUUUUGUUAAAAAGACGCCAUUUUGGAAAAUGGCGGAUGAUUAUUUAUAUAAUUGUGAUAGCAGGGAUAUUUGGAUUAUAUUUCUCUUUAAUUUUUUUAAGUUUAUUUGAAACCUUCAACAGGUGGCACCACCAUAUUGAGUUACAGUUUUGAAGCACUUUUAAUAUUUCAUGUCGAAAAAUUCAUUGGAGGUGCUUGAAACCAUAAAAAACAAAACGGUAUAUUUUUUUCUUUUUACUGCGACUGCUGGCUGAACCUAUUUUGGUUUUCACCACGUCAAAUAAACUGUUUCUGCGUCUAAAAUCUGAAAUUGUAGCACCAUAACAUUGUAAGUAGACAAGUGGUGCCACCUGUUGGCGGCUAAAAAUAGCUAAAUUUUAAUUUUGCCCAAAAUUAUAACAAAAAUUCGGGCAUAGUUUAUUAUUUCAUCCCCUAUACACUCAAAAUUCAAUUUCAAAGCUUCAAUCCGUCGAAUGGACAGUUUUAGUUCCUGCCGCGCACGCUUGUGGCGGUGCCCACGCGCACCUGGCGUAUGCGAACCAGCCGAAAGAACGAUUAAAACAAAAUCCCAGUGCAACGUUGUGGAAAGGUUCGAAAAAUCGAACCAGUGGCUUCCAGUCUGUAAAAGUCUAGUUCAUCCCUCGUGUGCGAACUCGCAAAAGAACCUUUGUGCGGCGUGUUGUGGGAAAACGUGCAAUAAAAGAGAAAAGACGGACGCGAAAUAACAAUUAAACAAAUAUUAAAACGAGAACAAUAUGGUUUUAGUGCGUGAAUGCGGCACUCCGACUGCGAGAGAGUGAAUAAAAGGAGCGCGAUAUUAUUUCAGCCCUCGGUGUCGAUUAAAUAAUUAAGCACGCGGUGUUAUUCAAAUAAAAUAACAAGCUAAUUUUUACAUGUGAUACCUCUAUUUCUCAACAGGUCGCGAAAAUCGAAGAGUGUUUACACCGGAUCAACCUGUGUGUUCUUAAUUAAUUGCUGCACAAAAUUAUAGCGCAAAUUUUUUUAAAUAUGGACAGGAUAAAUUUUCUGGCAAUUAGCAGAAAGUGUAAAAGAACGGUGAUGCCAUCUUGUGGCGGCUUUGAACACCUAAGAUCUUCUCAAUUGUUGAAUUCUGGGAAUUCUGCAACUGUUUGCAUAUGAAAAUCGGGAAAAUAAUUGCUCUGAUACUCUGUGAACUAAAUCUGAUUCAGAAAUUCUUCACAUAAACCACAUUAAAUCAUAUUUGUGUCCAGAAUUCACGGUUGAACAGUGCUGCCAUCUGUCUACGGCUUUUAAUUCAAUGGUUAAAUAAAGGAUUGACGCAUUUGGAACAAAAUUUGGACAGAAAUUGAAUAAGGGCGCCAUUUUGGUACUCAAUAAACGGGUUUAUUAAGACAGAAACGGUGAUGACGCAAAGUUUCUUUUGUUUUAGCGCCAAAAAUCCAAAAUGGCGGCCGAUUGAGGCCUGCUCUAGGCGCCAAAAGCCUCAAAAUUCGUUUCAAAUGUGUACGAUUCACUCCGCGACCUUUCUGCUCAAUUUGCCAUUUCACCGUGUCCUGUCUGAUUUUUACAUUUUCACUCAAUGAAGCGGCACAAUUCAUUUCGCGCAAAAAGCCGCGCACGUGCAUAUAAACAAUUAUAUCCGUAGAGUGUGUCCAUAGAAAGCUGCAGUGUCCCAAUUAAAAGCAAGCCGCUGGCGCUCUCUAUUCACACACAUACAGCUUUUGUGUCUUUUCGCCUUUUGUGAUCAAUGUCCGAAUUUUCGAAUGACAAACAGACAAGAAGAAUACAUAAAUACCUCUGCUGUAAACGCAUAACUAAUAAUAUACACGUACUCGUAGGCUUUCGUGGAUGUAUUAUCUUUCUCUCUCGUGUAAAUAAGAAAACAUAUAUAUGUAAAUCGUUGUUAUUUCUUAUGUAAAGAAACGAUGAGUAUUCGAUGUGUUUGUUUCGCGGCGGCGUAUGCUUCGAUCACAAUAACUGUCCUGCAGCCGACGAACGAGUAAAUAAAUAAAAUAUAUAGUUAACUGACACGAA